GGAGGAGGCUGGGCCUGGACCCCCGGGUCUGAGGGAGGAGGCCUUGGGCCUGAGGCAGGUGAUGCCAAGAGCCAGUUUCUUUUCUUUCCUGAUCGGAGCCGGAGGCCCCCGAGGAAUGGCAGAAGCCCUCAGCCCAGCGCCUGGGUUUCUGGGCAGGACUUUAGAAGCUCAGGAGGCGCCCCCUGAGCCCUGAAGGGCAGGGUCUUGGCAGCUCUUCUCCACCCUUUAAAGACACACACUGCCUGGGUGAGCAAUGCUGGGAUUUGGGGGUGUCACAUCCCAGCGAUCCUCCAAGUUCAUAGGACUCAGAUGGGGCGUUCUGGGAGCCGGCCCUGCAAGGCAGGAGGUGGGCGACAGGGGGAGCCCGAGAGCCGGGGCCCCUCCCCCGGGGGCGGAGCCUCCCGGCCCGGACUCCUCCUCCGCCGCCGCCCUCUCCCUCUUCCCAGCUCCGGCUCCGCCGCCAGCUCGGCCUCGGUCCCCCUCCCGGAGCCCCCUCCCCGCAGCCAGCCCGCCGGAGGGCCCUCUCCCGCCCUCGGCCCAACCGCCCGCCGGAACAGCAGCUCGGGGGCAGCCCCCGCCAGCCCGCCUCCCCCAGCUCAGCCUGGCCCGCGCCCCCGGCCAUGAAUCUCUUCCGAUUCCUGGGAGACCUCUCCCACCUCCUAGCCAUCAUCUUGCUGCUGCUUAAAAUCUGGAAGUCCCGCUCGUGCGCCGGGAUUUCAGGGAAGAGCCAGGUCCUGUUUGCUGUGGUGUUCACCGCCCGCUACCUGGACCUGUUCACCAACUACAUCUCACUCUACAACACAUGCAUGAAGGUGGUCUACAUAGCUUGCUCCUUCACCACUGUCUGGAUGAUUUAUAGCAAGUUCAAAGCCACGUAUGACGGGAACCAUGACACGUUCCGAGUGGAGUUCCUUGUUUUUCCCACGGCCGUCCUUGCAUUCCUGGUCAACCAUGACUUCACUCCUCUAGAGAUCCUCUGGACCUUCUCCAUCUACCUGGAGUCCGUGGCCAUCCUGCCGCAGCUGUUCAUGGUGAGCAAGACCGGCGAGGCGGAGACCAUCACCAGCCACUACCUGUUUGCGCUGGGCGUCUACCGCACGCUCUAUCUCUUCAACUGGAUCUGGCGCUACCACUUCGAGGGCUUCUUCGACCUCAUCGCCAUUGUGGCUGGGCUGGUCCAGACGGUCCUCUAUUGCGAUUUCUUCUACCUCUAUAUCACCAAAGUCCUCAAGGGGAAGAAGCUGAGCUUGCCUGCAUAGCCCUGGUCCCGCCUGGCCGGGCCCUCUCCCUGCUCCUUGGCGGCGGUGAAGGCAGCAGCAGGAACAGAGGAAGGUGACAGAAGACGGCGCCUUCCAUCCAGGAGUGACUUUUUAAAGAACCCGCCUCUCCCCACUUCCCGUGCCCGCUCCUGCCGGGUUUGGGGGCUGAUGGAAGACCCAAGUCUUGGGGAACUCAGGACCUGGGCUGUUUCUAGUUUUCUGCCUUUUAGAGAAGACAGCAAUGACAAAACAUCUUUCCGCUAUUUAGUUUUCUUUUUGUUUUGUUUUGGAACCAGGAAUUGAACUCAGGACCUUGCAUUUGCCAGACAGGCGCCGUGCCGCUGAGCUAUGCCCCGGUCACUAUUUAGUUUUUGAUUCUGAUGAGUCCUUUCUUUUCUACUCUCUGGCCCCAAUUUUUAUAAACUGUUUUUGAGCAUCCCAGGAGCUGGGAAAGGGCCAGAGAUGUCUUCCCUUCCCUGGCCCCUCUGCGCCCUGCCAGCCCCCAGCCCCCCGACUGGAUGCCAAACCCUAAAUCUGCUGGUCUGUCUGCCCCCCACAAGUCCCUGGGUGGGGGACAGGGAGGAAGGGAGGCCCAGGAAGGUCUCCGCAGAGUUUUCAUAAUUUUUUCCAGAAUUUGGGUUUUUUUGAUCUUGGUUUUUGACAAAUUAAGGGGGGCUCUGGGCCCAGACGUGGGAAGGGGGCUGGCCCGGGGGUCCGCACAGCUCUAACGCCAUGUUUUUGUACAGAAUUUGACGGUUGAUUCUUUGUUCUCUUGAAAUAAACAGGAAAAUGAUACCUUUCUUUCAC